AUGCCUCGCCGAUAUCUGAGACGGUACGGUGAUAUGGUAUUGGGGGUCAAUGCUGCUUUGGGUAUUCAAGGGCUUUUGGACAGAGUUACGCCUUCGUCUCACGACACUUGGUUCUGGGAGGCUCCAAAGGGAUCAGUGCUGAGAUCAAAGACCGAGUACCCAGAGCUAGUGGAAGAAUACCCGGGAGGUCCUUAA